AUGUAUGCAAGUCGUGCCAUACGAGAUAUAAGAUCCGGGUCAUCUACUCGGUCAUCAUCCCGAGUCAGAACUCCAAUGGUUGAUGGUGAAGAGAAUGGAAGUUUAGAUGUCAAUUUUCAUGUAUUAGAAGAGUUGCUUGCUCAGAAGUUGGAAAAUUAUCAACUAGAACAGCAAGAAGAAUCUGAGGGUGGCCCGGAAGCCGGAGCUCAAGGGUCUUCGUUAUUAUCAGUAGGAGCCGCUUCCAAUACGACCGGUUCAUCCAUUGCUCAUGAAAAGGCCAAUAAAAUAAGGAUAUCUUCCACUAAUAGUAUCAAUGAAAUUAUUCAUUCAUUAACAUUUGCUUCUAGAACAGAAGUUAGUUCUCAAAGUAGAGAAAUGUUAUUAGCUCAAUUAUAUAAGUUGAUCGUAUCCAAGCCUUUAGUGAUUCAUAAUGAAGAAAGUUCAGGAACCAAUGAUUAUGUCGAUGAAGAGAAAAUACAAGCGCUUAUCAAAGUGUUUUUAAGUGGCGAUUAUCGGUCAAGUUCUGAGUUUUCUCUUUUAUAUAGAUGUGUGAUUGCUCUUUUAGCCAGUGAUAUUGAAGAAUUUAGUGGAUUGGCAAGUGGUGAAUUUCAAACUCAUAUAGCUAAAUUGGUCUAUGAUCCACCAAAUCAAAAUGUCACCUUGGACAAUAAGAGUAAUUUAAUAACUGGGUUAGUUGGACUUUUAUUAGUUUUAAAUAAUGGGUCUGGAGCUUAUGGGAUUGAUGAUCGGAUUAAAUGGUUACUUCAUGAUGUCGCAGAUGGUUAUGUUCAAAGUUCCAUAACUUUAUCAAAACAAGUUGAUAAGGGAGAAACAGAUCAUAAUACUUUUAUUACUGAUAAAGAAGGUGAUGCAGCAAUUAUUGGAGAAGCUACUUCAAGAGCCAGUCAAGAAGCAAAUGUUGCAAUUAGUGCAAUCCAUGGAGUUGGAUGUUUAUUAACAUUAAUGACUCGCGGUGAUUAUUUAAAUGAGUUUAUUAGUAGUGAUGAAAUUAUUGGUAAAUUGGUGGAAUUUUUGGAUAACGAAGUGAAUGUGGAUAUUUCUAAAGCUGCAGGAAGAGUUAUUGCAUUGAUUUAUGAGAUUUAUACUUAUGGUGAAGAUGAAGAUGAAAAUGACCAAGAUUAUAAUUAUAAUGCUCCAUAUUAUGAACAAGAAAGCUUAUUUCAAAUUGUUAAGAGAUUGGGGAAUUUGUCAACCAAAAAAGUUGGUAAAAAGGAUAAAAAGAAUGUUGUAUCGAUAUUCAGAGAUAUUCUUAAUACAUUGGAGAAUUAUACCACGAAAGAGAAAAGAAUUGAAAUAUACAAGAAAUCUCAACAAGGAUUGGAUUUAUUAAGUCAAUCCACUCAUAUCAAGUUAUCUCGUACCAGAUCUUUAUCAAUUAAUAGUUGGUUUUUAUACUUACGAUUAAUUCAUUUGAAAUGGUGUUUUAGUUUUGGAGUCCAUGCUCAACUUGUGGCCAAUGAUACUAUUAGAGAUAUUUUAAGAGAACCACCUUCGGAAUAUCAAUUGAAAUAUGGUAAAGGCCAAGGAACUGGUGAUGGAGACAUUGAUGACGACGUUUACUUUACAAACGAUGUGCACAAUGUUAGUGAAAAGAAACGUACAGAGAAGAUUCGGAAAGCCCGUCAACUGAAAUUAGAUGAUGAAUUGAAUCAUCUUGAAAUAUCUUAA